AUGACAAACACACAUUGGACACCCGAAGAGACCAUCCAGCUCUUUAUCCAGGUUGCCCGACAUGGCAAUCUGUCAGGCGCUUGGCCGUCUCAGAACAACCAGCAGGAUGCCAACCAGAAACAAGGGAACCCGUGUGGAAAGGUCAAAGACUGGAAGAUCGUGAUUGCCGCAAUGCCGGCACCUCCACGCAAGUCCGCUGCUUACCAUUCCAAGUGGUCCAAGAUGGCCAACGAAAUCUACCAUGCCACUGCUGGCAUGACCUUUCGCGACAAGGAGGAUCGUGAUCAUCCCAAGGAUCCUGAUCAUCACAAGCUGCUGGUUCGUGCUGCUGCCCUUGGCUACAUGGUCGGCCCGAUCUGGAUUCAGCCCAGGUACAACGCCCCUCCUCCUCCUCCCGGCAGUUUCCCUCUCGUCCCUCCCCUUGCGGCCGCCGAGGCUGCUUCCGCCGCCGCUGACGCUGUUGCUACCGCUGGAGGUUCUGGUGGUCGUGCCCGUGCUGCUGCUGCUGCUUCCGCCGCCGCCGCUUCUGCUGCUGCUUCCGGCGCUCCUGCUGCCGCUGCUGCUACUGCUGCUCCUUCCGCCGACCAGGAGGUGGCCAUGGCCGACAUGGAAGUCGACGAAGAGUACUACGACGACGUUCCCGCCGCCGCCGUCGCCGCCAACCCUUUCGCGGCUUUCUCGUCCGGCCCGGCUCCUGCCCCUGCCCCCGCCCCUGCCCUUGCCCCGAGCCCCGUCGGCUUUCCUCCCCCUCCCCGUUGGCCCGACACGGUCGAGCUGGGUGGUCCUUAUUUGGACCACAUAAUGCAGUUCCCGUGGGACUGGCGUCAGGAGUACCGCCGGGCUCUGCAGGAGGAGCUCGAUGAGCUGGACCGUCGCGAAGGCGAGGUCCAGUUCAACGAGUUUUUGUAG